UAUUGGCACAUUCCCGGAAGCCGACGCCGUGGACGGAAGCUCACGCUGUGGAUUGAUUUUAAAAGACUCAUGUUACGUGAGGAAUUUACCAAGAAAAGCAAGGAAAAGGAGCCCGGGAUGCCUGUUGCUCAGGGACGCUUGACUUUCAGGGAUGUGGCUGUAGAAUUCUCUUUGGCGGAGUGGAAAUGCCUGACCCCUGCGCAGAGGGCUGUAUACAGGGACGUGAUGUUGGAGAACUACAGGAACCUGGAGUCUGUGGGUGAGGAACCCGUCCCUCCAGACACGAGGAAUCUGCCCUUGUCCAUCUUGGCUCUUCCUGAUAGCUUUUUAAAGUCUAUGAUGGAGUUCUCAUCAACAGGGCAAGGUAGUACAAGAGAAGGGAUCCACACAGGGACAUUGGGAAAAUGUACAAGUCAUCACAUUGGAGAUUCUUGCUUCCCAGAAGCUGAGAAAGAUAUUCAUGAGUUUGAGUUUCAGAGGCAAGAAGUCAAAGGAAAUGGCCAUGAAGCACUCAUGACAGAAUCCAAGGAGUUGACUGGUAGUAUAGAGCCAUGUGAUGACGGGUGUGCUGGCAGGAAGCCUAUUGGAGAUCAGCUUGGGUUAAGCUUCCAUUCGCAUCUGCCAGAUGCCAAAUGUUCCGAAGGGAACAUUGAUAAUCAGCUAGAGACGUCUGCCAAUGAUGAUUCCUCAGUUUCAACAGCCCAAAACAUUUCUUGUAGGCUCAAAACCCAUGUCUCUAACAAGCAUGAGAAUAAUGUCCUCCAUUCUUCAUUAUUCACACAAAAACAGGAAGUACACAUGAUAGAAAAACCUUUCCAUUGUAAUGAGUGUGGCAAAGCCUUUCAUAAUAGUUCACUCUUAAGGAGACAUCAGCUAACCCAUUCAGGAGAGAAACAAAACAAAUGUGAUGUAUGUGGCAAAGUCUUUCCUAAGAAGCACAACCUUGUAUGUCACCAUAGAGUUCACACUGGAGAGAAACCUCACAAGUGUAAUGAGUGCGGCAAGACCUUUACUCAGAAGUCAUCCCUGCAGUGCCAUCAUAGAAUUCACACUGGAGAGAAACCUUACACAUGUAAUGAAUGUGGUGAGAGUUUUAGUAGAAAAGCACGCCUUUCACAUCAUCAGAGCCUUCACACUGGACAGAAACCUUACAAGUGUAAUGAGUGUGGCAAGAGCUUCAGCCGCAAGGCAUCCCUGCAGUCCCAUCAUAAAAUUCACACUGGAAAGAAACCUUACACACGUAAUGAAUGUGGCAAGGCUCUUAAUAAACAAGCACUCCUUUCACGUCACUGUGGACUUCAUGCUGGAGAGACACCUUAUACAUGUGAAGAAUGCGACGAAGUUUUAAGUCGCAGAUCACACCUUGAAAGACAUAAUGGAAUUCAUACUGGAGAGAAACCUUACACAUGUAAUGAAUGUGGCAAGGGUUUUAAUCAAAAGUUACAGCUUGCAUAUCAUCUUAGACAUCAUACUGGAGAGAACCCUUACAGGUGUAGUGAGUGUGGCAGGGCCUUCAGUCAGUCAUCGUACCUUGUAGUUCAUCAAAGAAUUCAUAAAGGAGUGAAACCUCACAAGUGUGAGUGUGGCAAGACCUUCCAUCGGUCAUCAUCCCUUUUAGUUCAUCAUAGAAUUCAUACAGGAGAGAAACCUUACAAGUGUAAUGAGUGUGGCAAGACCUUCACUCAGUCAUCAACCUUUUUUGUUCAUCGUAGAAUUCACACUGGAGAGAAACCUUACAAGUGUAAUGAGUGUAGCAAGGCCUUCAGUCAGACGUCAUCCCUUGUAUACCAUCGUAGGCUUCACACUGGAGAGAAACCUUAUAAAUGUAAUGACUGUGGCAAGGCCUUCAGUCAGCCAUCAUUCCUUUUAGUUCAUCAUAGAAUUCAUACUGGAGAGAAACCUUACAAGUGUAAUGAGUGUGGCAAGACCUUCAGUCAGAUGUCAUCUCUUACCUACCAUCAUAGUCUUCAUAUUGGAGAGAAACCUUACAAGUGUAAUGAGUGUAGCAAGACCUUCCAUUGGUCAUCAUCCCUUUUAGUUCAUCGUAGAAUUCAUACAGGAGAGAAACCUUACAAGUGUAAUGAGUGUGGCAAGAACUUCAGUCAGUCGUCAACCCUUUUAGGUCAUCAUAGAAUUCAUACAGGAGAGAAACCUUACAAGUGUAUUGAAUGUAGCCAGACCUUCCAUUACAGGUCGUCUUUUACCUACCAUUGUAGUCUUCAUACUGGAGAGAAACCUUAUAAGUGUAGUGACUGUGGCAAGACCUUCAUUCAGUCAUCAUCCCUUUUAGUUCAUCGUAGAAUUCAUACUGGAGAGAAACCUUACAAGUGUAUUGAAUGUAGCCAGACCUUCCGUUAUAGGUCAUCUUUUACCUACCAUUGUAGUCUUCAUACUGGAGAGAAACCUUACAAGUGUAAUGACUGUGGCAAGACCUUCAGUCAGUCAUCAUCCCUUUUAGUUCAUCGUAGAAUUCAUACAGGAGAGAAACCUUACAAGUGUAAUGAGUGUGGCAAGACCUUCACUCAGUCAUCAUCCCUUUUAGUUCAUUGUAGAAUUCAUACAGGAGAGAAACCUUACAAGUGUAAUGAGUGUGGCAAGACCUUCAGUCAAAAGGCAUCCCUUACAAAGCAUCGUAGACUUCAUACUGCCGAAAAACUUUAGAAAUGUAAUGAGUGUGGCAAGACCUUCAGGCAGAUGUCAUCUCUUGUAGUCCAUUGUAAACGUCAUACUGGAGAGAAACCUUAGAAGUGUAAUGAGUGUAGCAAGAGCUUCACUUGAAAUUCAGCCCUUGUAAUUCAUAAGGCAAUUCAUUCUGGAGAUAAACUGACAAGUGUAAUUAAUGUGGCAAGGUUUAUGAUUAACAAACACACCUUGCACAACAUUAGAGAGUUCAUACUGGAGAGAAAGCUUACAAAUGUAAUGAAUGUGGCAAAGCCUUUAGUGUGCAGUCAACACCCACCAUCAAGCGAUCCCUGGUAUAGGGAAACGUAAUGAUUCUCACAGUGUUUUCAGUAGUUACAACCUGUAGGGCUGAGGGCCCCACAGGGUCGUGGGGUGAGCCUUAUGCUGUACUGAGGCACAGGAUCCGAGAUAUAAAGAGAUAGGACUCAGAAGUACAAAGAAAAUGCAGCUGGGCUCAGGGGGCCAUGCCACCUAUAAGUGGAGUCAGGUGAGGCUGUGAAAGUCCAGAAGCAUGAGUAUUGUAUAUAGGUUAGGGGGCAGGGCAGUGAGUGAAAUCAUCUUUAAGGAUAGUGAUAGGGUCGUGAGCAAUAAAACAUGGGGUUCACCCCAUUAGGUCGCCUAGGCCAGGAGGUGGAUAGUGCACAGCAAGGGGUCCGUUACCAUGAAGGCAAGGGCCAUGUGCAGUAAGGGGUCCACCCCCAUUAGGUCACCGAGGCUUGAAGGUGGGCCGUGCACAGUGUGCAAUACUUCUAUCUAUGGUCAAACUACCUUUUUUUUUUUUUUUUGAGACGAUGUUUCGCUCCUGUUACCCAGGCUGGAGUGCAAUGGCACGAGCUUGGCUCACCGCAACCUCUGCCUCCUGGGUUUAGGCAAUUCUGCCUCAGACUCCUGAGUAGCUGCGACUACAGGCACGCGCCACCAUCCCCAGCUAAUUUUUUGUAUUUUUAGUAGAGACGAGGUUUCACCAUGUUGACCAGGAUAAUCCUGAUCUCUUAACCUCGUGAUCCACCCGCCUCAGCCUCCCAAAUGCUGAGAUUACAGGCGUGAGCCACCGCGCCUGGCCAAACUACUAAGAAGAUUUAUAGGAGGAUGCUUUAAGUCACAGCAGUGACAGAGCUGUCAGGGUUAUCGCCACCCUCUGGCAGCUUCCAAUGGGUUCUAUGGGAAGAUGCUUUUCAAGCAGCACAGUAGCAAGAGCUGAUAAAGUUCACAGUCACCAAGGUGGAUUGCCGGUCUGAGGGCAGCCUUCCACAAGAACUGGAGCAAGGUCCUACAACUCCUUCAUCAGGAGGAGUGGCUCUCGCCCCAAGCCUGCCGUACAGCGGGUAUCUUUACUAUACUGAACACUGCCACCUGGGCCAUGGAUUCUUGUCCUGGUAUAACUGUUUUUCCCUUAAAUCGUGCUCUGCACUGCGUCUGCUCUAGGCAUUCCUGUGAUUAUAAGCUGCUUAUUUCUUAAUUCAUGCUCUGUACUGUGUCCGCUCUAGGCAUUCCUCUGAUUAUGAACUAAGAUAUAUGUAUAUAUGUAGGGAAAUAUUCUUUAGGCACUCAAACUAUCAACUAUUAUAUGAUUAUAUAUAGAGGAUUAUAUAAAGGGAUUCAUCAAGCCCUAUUUCUAUAAACUAUUAUAUGAGCUGGGCGCGGUGGCUCAAGCCUGUAAUCCCAGCACUUUGGGAGGCCGAGGCGGGUGGAUCGUGAGGUCAAGAGAUCGAGACCAUCCUGGUCAACACGGUGCAACCCUGUCUCUACUAACAAUACAAAAAAAUUUAGCUGGGCAUGGUGGCGCGUGCCUGUGAUCUCAGCUACUCGGGAGGCUGAGGCAGGAGAAUUGCCUGAACCCAGGAGGAGGAGGUUGCAGUGAGCCAAGAUCAUGCCAUUGCACUCCAGCCUGGGUAACAGGAGCGAAACUUUGUCUCAAAAGUAAAUAAAUAAACUAUUAUAUGAUUUUGUAAAGGAUUAUAUAAAAGGAAAUAGCUGAGUAGUAACACUAUAAAGUGAGUGUGCCAGGGUUCUGCUUAGCUCUCAUUCCUCAGUGCCUAUAUAGGGGUUACCCACAACAACCAUUGCAAAUUAUUAGAGAAUCCAUAAUAAAGAGACAUCUUACAAGUGUAAUAAAUGUGACAAGUUUUACCAUCA